GCCUCCCUGGAACAUGAGGAGGGGAAGAUCCUCCGCCUCCAGCUGGAGCUCAACCAAGUGAAGUCUGAGAUUGACAGGAAGAUAGCAGAGAAAGAUGAGGAGAUCGACCAGCUCAAGAGAAACCACCUCCGAGUUGUGGAGUCCAUGCAGAGCACCCUGGACGCUGAGAUCAGGAGCGACUGAAGCACUGCGUCUGGCAGGAAUGAAGCCCUGCGUCUGAAGAAGAAGAUGGAGGGAGACCUGAAUGAAAUGGAGAUCCAGCUGAGCCAUGCCAACCGCAUGGCUGCAGAGGCCCAGAAGAACCUGAGAAACACACAGGCAGUGCUCAAGGAUACCCAGAUACACUUGGAUGAUGCUGUCAGGACACAGGAGGACCUGAAGGAGCAGGUGGCCAUGGUGGAGCGCAGAGCAAACCUGCUGCAGGCUGAAAUUGAGGAGCUACGGGCAGCCCUGGAGCAGACAGAGAGGUCAAGGAAAGUGGCUGAGCAGGAACUGAUGGACGCAAGUGAGAGAGUUCAACUCCUCCACACUCAGAACACAAGUUUGAUC